AAUGAAGUUUUUUUUUUUUUUUAGAUGUUGAUGAAUGUGCAACUGGAAAUGGGAACCUUUGCAGAAAUGGCCAGUGCGUCAACACGGUGGGGUCCUUCCAGUGCAGGUGCAAUGAGGGCUACGAGGUGGCUCCCGAUGGCCGGACCUGUGUGGAUAUCAAUGAAUGUGCUCUGGAUCCUGGGAAAUGUGCGCCUGGAACCUGUCAGAACUUGGAUGGCUCCUACCGAUGCAUUUGCCCGCCUGGGUAUAGUCUACAGCAGGACAAAUGUGAAGAUAUCGAUGAGUGUGUUGAAGAACCCGAAAUCUGUGCCUUGGGAACCUGUAGCAACACCGAGGGAAGCUUCAAAUGUCUGUGUCCAGAAGGGUUCUCCCUCUCCUCAACUGGAAGAAGGUGCCAAGAUCUGCGAAUGAGCUACUGUUAUGCGAAGUUUGAAGGUGGAAAGUGUUCAUCACCCAAAUCCAGAAACCAUUCCAAGCAGGAGUGCUGCUGUGCUUUGAAGGGAGAAGGCUGGGGAGACCCUUGUGAGUUGUGCCCCACUGAGCCAGAUGAGGCUUUCCGCCAGAUCUGCCCCUUCGGAAGUGGGAUCAUCGUGGGCCCUGAUGACUCAGCAGUUGAUAUGGAUGAAUGCAAAGAGCCUGAUGUCUGUAAACAUGGACAGUGUAUCAACACAGAUGGUUCCUAUCGCUGCGAGUGUCCCUUCGGUUACAUUCUAGAAGGGAAUGAAUGUGUGGAUACUGAUGAAUGUUCCGUGGGCAAUCCUUGUGGAAAUGGGACCUGCAAGAAUGUGAUCGGAGGUUUUGAGUGUACCUGUGAGGAGGGAUUUGAGCCCGGUCCAAUGAUGACAUGUGAAGAUAUAAAUGAAUGUGCCCAGAACCCUCUACUCUGUGCCUUCCGGUGUGUAAAUACCUAUGGGUCCUAUGAAUGCAAAUGCCCUGUUGGAUACGUUCUGCGAGAAGACAGGAGGAUGUGCAAAGGUGAGGGUCCU